AUGAACACCGCGGACAUAGCCACCAAGUGGCAUCACGGCUCACAGUUAAUGAUGGCCAAUGCUUGGUUUCAAAGUCCGAGCUUUCUCUAUGAGCCCGAAGAAAGGUGGCCAAAUAAAAAAACGAACCCUUCGACUGAAGAAGAGCUGCGACACCCUCACAAUCACCUUACUCAUUUCAUCACCAAAAUCACGUUCGACAAAUUCAAUUUAUGGACGAAACUGCAGCGUGUAACAGCGUACGUACUACGAUAUAUCGACAAUCUUCGUAAACGGAAAAACGGCGAGAACCUGGAACUCAGCAAUCUUACCAGCGACGAGCUCCGGCGAGCCGAAGAAACACUCGUGAAGACUGCUCAAGGUGAAUUCUAUGCGGACGAAAUCAACACUCUCUACAAAACUCGAGGCUCGCCCAAUGAACGCCAUCCCACCGUGAACAAAUCCAGUACUAUAUACACUAGGAGCCCAUUUAUGGAUGAGAAAGGGGUCAUCCGGUGCCGCGGCCGUAUCGGUGCUGCACCAUAUGCACCGAUGGAAGCUAAGUUCCCAAUCAUCCUUCCUAGACAACAUCAAAUAACCUUCCUCAUUGUAGACUGGUACCACCGCCGCUUUCGCCACGCCAAUCGAGAGACCAUUUUCAACGAGAUUCGUCAACGUUUCGAGAUAGCUGCUCUCAGACGUCUACUAGAUAAAGUCCAACGUGCGUGUCUACACUGCCGCAUAGCGAAAGCAAAUCCAAGUCCACCAGCGAUGGCACCUCUCCCUGAGACCCGUUUGACUACUUUCCUGCAUCCGUUUACUUUCACCGGAUUGGACUACUUUGGACCAUUAAUUGUAAGAGUAGGCAGAAGCAACGUGAAACGAUGGGUGGCUCUCUUUACGUGCCUCACCAUCCGAGCAGUCCAUAUGGAGGUAAUAUACUCGUUAACUACCGAGUCAUGUAUCAUGGCGGUACAACGCUUCGUGGCACGCAGAGGCAAGCCUAGGGAAAUUUGGACCGACAACGCCACCUGCUUUCACGGUACACAUAACGAGAUGAAGGCGCAUCAGAAAGCAUUGAACAUUGCAUUGGCGGAGAAAUUCACUACCGCUGAGACAACCUGGAAAUUUAUCCCGCCAGCGUCUCCACACAUGGGCGGCGCGUGGGAAAGGCUCGUGCGCUCGGUGAAAGUCGCAUUAGGAGCAAUCUUGGAAAGCCCACGUAGGCCAGACGACGAGACAUUGGAGACAAUUCUGUUAGAAGCGGAGGGCAUGAUUAACGCCAGACCACUUACGUUCCUCUGGAGUCAGCGGAUCAGGAGGCUAUAA